CCCCGUACCGGUGUUAUGGCAACCAUUACAAUGGCAGCAUCACCAAAGUCCAACAGCAGUGCCUCGACGACGUCCAUGUCGCUAUUGCAGCGCCAAUCGAGCAAGAACGCGGACACCGUAUCGGUUUGUUCGACCACUAGUGCCUUCUCAACGUGCCCCGAUCGGCACGGCUUUUACGGUGGCAAUCAGUUCUCGGAGAAGCCGAAAAAGGAGUCGCUGACGCGCGAGCAAAUAAUUGCACGGGAAAAGAAAUGGAUCCACAUGACGUCACACUGGGCGGAGUAUAUGAACACCAACUACAAAAAGGUUAGAGAACGUUGUAGAAAAGGAAUUCCGGACGCAUUACGACAGAAAGCAUGGUUCCUGCUGACCGGUGCCAACCAUCUGAUGGGCAAGUUUCCCGACUGGUACCAGCAUCUGCUCGAGGAGCCCGGCAAUCCGCAGAUAAUUGACGAAAUUCGCAAGGACCAACAUCGACAGUUCCCACACCACGAAAUGUUCAUCGACGACGACAAACCGGGCCAGAAGGAGCUGUUUAACGUGCUAAAAGCGUACUCGGUGUACAAUCCGACGGUCGGAUACUGUCAGGCGCAGGCACCAAUCGCUGCCUUCCUGCUCAUGCAGCUACCGGCCGAGCAGGCAUUUUGGUGCUUCGUCGCUAUUUGUGACAAAUAUUUAGAAAACUAUUUCACGCCCGGACUCGAGAUGUUACAGCGCGAUGCCGGCAUGCUUAACCGGCUGCUAAAGAAAACAUCUCCGGCCGCGUACCGGCAUCUCCAGAAGCACAACGUCGAUCCGCUGCUCUACAUGACCGACUGGUUCCUGUGCGCGAUGACGCGUACACUGCCCUGGGACACGCUGCUCCGCGUGUGGGAUUGCUUCCUUUGCGAGGGUGUGCGGAUAUUUUUCAAGGUAGCGCUUGUCAUCAUCGGUGCCACACUUGGCCCCCAGAAGGUACGGUCACAGUGUAAUGGGUUGUGUGAAACGUUGGCCGUGCUACGCUCGCCACCGAAAAAGUUUCUCGAGGAAGAUUUCAUCAUGCACCACAUCUUUCGGUUAAACAUUACGAUUGAAGACUUCCACCGAGAGCAUAAAAAGCAGGAGAUGCUGCACCGGAAGGCUAAGCUAGAACAGCAGAAAGCCGCCCAGCAACAGAACGGUGGUGGGUCUUCUAACAAUGGUCCCAGCAGGAGCACGUAGCCUGUGUCGUGUGCGCUACUGGCAUCGA